CCUGUCGUCGCAUGCAUAAAGACGCAUUGUUGCCCAGGAUCCGCAAAAGCGCGCUAACGCCACGGGGAACAUUUCCACACGAACUAACUGCUGGCUAAUGCUCCAGCAGAAGUUACUGGAAACUUCUCGUGGCUUACGUCCUUCUGACUGCUUCUCAUCAAAAUGGACGAACACGUUGAGUCUGCUGCUGUGGUCGGCUGCUCGGACGGGGAGCGCAUCAACCUUAGCGUGCUCAACUGGGAGCAAGUGCAGCGGCUGGACGCCAUUCUCACCGGAUCCAUUCCCAUCCACGGCCGAUGGAGCUUCCCGACCCUGGAGGUGAAACCUCGGGAUAUCGUUAAGGUGGUGAGACGACGCAUGGAGAAGAAGCGGAUACGCGUCCGGGAAGUGCGCCUGAACGGUUCGGCGGCCAGCUACGUACUGCACGAGGACAGUGGUCUGGGCUGGAAAGAUCUGGAUUUAAUAUUCUGCGCUGAGCUCAAAGGAGAGACCGAGUUUCGGACAGUCAAAGACAUAGUUUUGGACGCUCUUCUAGACUUUUUGCCUGAAGGAGUGAAUAAAGAAAAGAUCACACCGCGACCUUAA